UGACGACAACACCUGAAGCAUGGAAGGCCGCAGCACAGCUUUGACAGCGCUCCUCGUGCUCAUUAUCUGCACUGGCAGCACGCAGUCAGCCAGCUGCUGUGUGAAAAACAUGGUUUUACGGGGAAAAUUGUCAUGCCAAAGACUGCUGGGCUACUCGUUCCAGACCAUUAAUAACUCCUGCGACAUCAAGUCUGUUAUAUUCCACCUGCCCGCGAGGUUUUUGUGCGCUGAACCCACCGACAGCAAGACCCAAAAAUUGAUGCAGUGCAUUGAUGAGCGGAAGAGGAAAAGCACCCCGAUACCCCAGCAAGGAAGUACAACCACCACUGCAGCAUGA